UGAUGUCGCAAGUUUGAUGCGACCUUAACCAUCGAAUCAAACAACAAAUGGAAUGCCCUUCAAAAUAAUCUCAGCUUUUUUUGGCACAAUCACAUUUUUAAACCCUAUAUUCGAUGAUCGAAAUGUUUCAAUACUCGAAUAUCAAUUCAUUAAACAGUUCUUUCAUUAUCAAUGUUGUGUAAAUCAUAUCAAAAGAAAAACAAAAAUCAACAACAAUCGAAAUCUAGUCAAUCAUUUCAGUCUAUCUCUCUUACUCUCUUUCUCUUUUUGAUCCAUCCAUUAUUUUCAUAAAUGGCCAAUUCGGACAUUCUGAAUUGUUCGUCAACAUUUUCGUCGCCUUCAUCAUCAUCGUCAUCAUGUAAUGAUGGACAACCAAAAUCCAAUAAAGAACAGCAGCAGCAGGCGACAAAUUCCUCUUCUUGUUCGAACAUAAGCCGUAGUCGACAACGAUGGCAAUUAUUAUCGAAAGCUGUACGUAUGAAACAAUUUGAUUUGCAAGAAUUGCGAAUGUUAAGAGCCAAUGGAAAUGAUAUGAUUGUUUAUGAUCAAAAUUCCACUUCAACGGCCGAAUUAUCCGAUUCAAAUUCAUCGGAAAAUUCAUCAUUAAAUGAACAUAUUGAUCGUCAUCAUUCAUUAAAUUUAAUCGAAACUUAUGGUCUUAUCAAUUAUCGUUAUCGAUAUGCCGAGAAUGGAUCAAAUUUUAUCGAUUCCAACGAUGUUUGGAUCGAAUGUCAAUGGAACAAACGAUUGGACGAAGAUUUUUCCGAUACAGAUAUUGAAGAUGAUGAUGAUGAUGAUGAAGAUGAAGAUUGUGGUGCUACAAACAUUGGUGAUAAUCAAUUAGAAUUGUGUAUAAAGUUAGUGCAUAAUCGAUUACAAUUAAAAGAUUUGGCUGGCUUUGAUAAUUCUGGUAAUGUUCGUGUAUGGUCAUCGGAGGAAGCGAUGGGCUAUUUAUUGGCCCAUAAUCAAAAUAUACGAGCUCGACUUAAAGGACGAAUUAUAUGUGAAUUAGGAUCUGGUUGUUCAGCAUUGGCCGGAUUAAUCGCUGUACGAUCCGGAUUAGCUACAGAAAUCUACCUCACCGAUGGCAAUGAACGAUGUGUUCUUAAUAUUGAACAAAUUGUUCAAAGAAAUUUUCCCGAAAUUAAUUCUGCUCACACAAAAUCCGAUGGAUUAAAGAUUGUCGUACAACAAUUAUGUUGGAAUCAACCGGAACACUAUGAAGAGCUAAAAAAUCGUAUAGAAAUAAUUAUCUGUGCUGAUUGUCUAUUUCGUUCGGAUGCACAUCAAUCUUUAAUUGAUACCAUUGAUUUCCUAUUGAUCAAUGAUCGUAACAUUGGUCAGGCAAUUAUCAUGGCACCAAGACGUGGCGAUAAACUUGAUCGAUUUAUUCGUCGUGUAUUCGAUGAUGGUCGAUUCUUUCUACAAGUCUCUCGUGAUUAUGAUCAUCGUUUUAUAAGACAUUUUGAAAGAAUACGACAACAAGAUCCACAACGAUAUGAACCGGAUACUUCUUUUCCAUAUCUAUUGAUUAUGAAUCGUCGUCCUAAUAUCGUUCAACAACAAAAGCAGCAUCAUCAGUAGUAUCAUUAGUAGCCAAAUUGAUUAAUUGUGCACAGUGAAUGCGGCCUUUAUCUAUCUGUUUCCCAAUAAAAAGGGAACAAUUUGAUCGAUCUUUUAUUUCCUACCCGAUUCGAAUGUUUCCUUUACACCGUAAUUCCGUUCUAUUUUCUCUAGCAGAUUUUAUCAAGAUUCUUCUUUCCAUUUUUUCUUUUUAUUCUUUCAUUCUCAAUUGUAGUCCUUGUAGGUAUUAUUUUUGUUAAAAUAAUUAA